UUGGUGAAAAAUUAUCCUUCGAUGUUGAUUAAUCAGAUGACAAUGACGAUGUUUGUACAUUUGAACAAAAAGAUAUCGAUACCGAAUUGUUCCCAAGUAAGAUGCAUCGCAUGGAGUUGGCAACAUGAAUUUAUCGCUUGCGGUGGUGAAUCGGGAAUGUUGAAAGUUAUCCGAUUGGAAAAUGUCAAUCAAGUUGCAUCGAAAAAUGAUUCGUCGAAAAAUUUUCAAAUGAAUCAAACACUGGAAAGUCAUAAAGCAACUGUCGAAAGUGUUUGUUGGAAUGAAAAAUUUCAGAAGCUUACAUCAAGUGAUGCAAACGGCACGAUUAUCGUGUGGAUGUUUUACAAAGGAAUGUGGUAUGAAGAAAUGGUGAACAACAGGCAAAAAUCUUUGGUCACCGGAAUGGCCUGGACGCAUGACGGAAACAAAAUAUGCAUCGUUUAUGAAGAUGGUGCCAUAAUAACCGGGUCGGUUGAUGGUAGUCGAUUAUGGGGAAAAGAGUUGAAAAAUAUCAGUCUGAAUCAGGUGGAAUGGUCUCCGGAUGGAAAAAUCAUUUUGAUCGGCACCAAAGAUUUGGACAUUCAUUUAUUCGAUCAGGCUGGUGAUUUUCUGCGAAAAAUUUCCUUCAAAACGAAAGGGGCAGAAAAAUUUAUCGCCAUCAAAUGGUUUGGUCAUUCGUUGAUUCGUCCAUUGAUCAUUGCAUUCGAUAAUGGGGUGGUCCAAUUGAUGAAAAAUGAAUCGGAUAAUAAUGCACAAGUGAUCGAUUGUGAAAUGCGAAUCACAUCCAUCCAAUGGAACUAUAUUGGCGAUAUGUUUGCUGUCACUGGCAAUUACGGCGGUGGAACGUCUGGUAGCCGCAAGAAUUUUCUAAAAAUUUUCAACAACCAAGGUGAACUAAUGUCGGUGACCAAAGUCCCGGGCACUGAGAUUCAUGAUUGUUCUUGGGAAAAGAACAGCCGCAAAUUGGUUUUGGCCGUCGAUUCAUUUAUGUAUUUUGCCAAUCUGAAACGUCGAACAUCAUGGUGUUUCCUAACAAAUUCUGUAUCAUUUUUGCGUGAAGAUUUUGAUGGGGAACAAAAUAAGAAGCAAAAAUAUCUGACUUUUUGGCAAUUCGGUAAUCAAACCAAUCGACGUUAUGAGCGAUUGGCAAACAAUUUUGUUCAGAUGGCCUGUUGGCAUCAUUAUUGUGUUGUUGUCGAACGAAUCGAUCAAAGCAAUGAUAAAAGAGAAGCUUUUAGUUUGAGUCUGUACAAUUCGAUUGGAACAUUGAUUGAUUAUCAUUUGGUUACUGCCGAUUUGCCCAUUCGAUUCUGCUGUAUGAAUUCGAAUCGUGUGAUAGUAACAUCGAAUGGUUCGGCAUUUUAUAUUUGGUCGUUCAAACAACUUUAUAAUGAAAAUAACUUUAAAUCUUUAUAUGGUGAUCAUCUGUAUCAGGAAUUGAGCAUGAAUAAUGAUAAUGUUGUUAAUAAUGCUGUUGUGGGUGAUCUGAUAAUCGAUCGCAAUGAACGAAUAACCUGCAUAACUGUAUCGGAAAAAUUUUUCGUUGUUGGCUUUGAUUCCGGCAAAAUUCAUCAAUAUCUGUUACCGAAUAUGACUCGUACCAAUGAAAUCAGCAUGGAGGGUAAUGGCGUUGCAUGGUGUUUGGCAUUGAAUAGAAAUUCAACGAAACUGGCCAUAACUGAUCGAAAUCUAAAAUUUUAUCUAUAUGAUUUCGAAGCGAAUAACGAACAAACCUGGACCGAUGGAAAUUGGAUCGAAAUGACCAAGUUGAAUGAUGUUUGGCAAUUCGAAUGGUCAUCCGAUCAUAAUGAUUUGAUUGUUCUGAUGGACAAAAACAAAAUGAUCGUCAUCAAUCUGUACAAAGGUGCGGUGAAAGUGUUGGAUCCAAUCACAUCGGACGGUUAUAUUUGUUCAUUUGAAAAGCUAUCAGUGCAGACAAUUCUACUGGAUCAAUUGAUUGUUGGCAUUGGUAGCGACAACUAUCAAUCGGAUUGCAAUCAAAUCGAUAUCAAUGAUUUCAUCGAGAAUAUUGCCUCUCAUUAUGUGAAUGAUAUUCGUGCGCUUAUCAAUGAAAAUAACUCGGUUACCGAUGCUAUAAAUUAUGCGGUUAAAAUGCCCGAAUUGGCUUCAUUAUGGAAUAUAUUGGGUGAAGAAUGUCUGAAGAAUUUGGAUAUCGAAACAGCCUAUUUGACGAUGAUCAAAACUCAUGAUUAUAAGGGAUUGCAGUUGAUAAAACGUUUGAAUCGAUUUAAAGAUUUGCAAUUGCAAAAAGCCGAAAUCUAUGCCUAUCAAAACCGAUUAUCGGAAGCUGAAUCUCAAUAUCUGGACUUAGAUCGCCCAGAUUUAGCUAUUUCGCUCAACAAAAUCAGCGGAAAUUUCGAACGUGUUCGAACAUUAUUAGAAAAAUACAACAAUUUGGCCAAUCAUGAUAAGGAACUGGAACAAGUCUACAUGAAUUUGGGCGAAUAUUAUGCAGACAAUCAUGAUUGGCAACAAGCAAUUCGUUAUUAUGCAAAAAUCAAUGCCUACAAUAAAUUGGCCCAAUGUUAUAUGAUGGUGGAGAAAUACGAUGCACUGGUCACAUUGGUCGAUAAAGUCGAUGAUCAAAAGAUAUUGCUGGAGAUGGCAAUGUUUUUCGAAUCAUUGGCAUUCUGUAAGGAUGCGGUUCGUGCGUAUAUCCGUGCUGGCAAUUUUGAAAAGGCCAUCAAUGCCUGUGUUAAACUAAACGAGUGGAAAUUGGCUACCGAAUUGGCCGAACAGUACAAAACAAAAAAUAUUGACGCUCUUCUGGAAAAAUAUGUUCAGCAUUUGGAAAGUGAUCAUAAAUAUAUGGAGAUGAUACAGGUGUUUAGAAAGGCCAACAAAAUUGAAAAGGCAGUGUCGAUCAUAAUGAAAAUGGUUGAUGAAACUCGAAAAUCUAAGGAUUUAAGUUUAUUGAAAAAAUUAUAUGUUCUCGUCGGCCUCAUUCAUGAGGAAAACAAACUGAACAAUCAUAAUUCCGGCAACAAACAUGAAAAAUUGGACGAAUUGCUAUUGCAGAAUAAUGAUGAUGAUGACGAUCUCACCAAUGAUGCCAGCAAUCGAUCGGCGACAAUAGAUCCUUGGAAAGGUGCCGAAGCAUAUCAUUAUUAUAUGGUUGCACAGCGUAAUCUUUAUCUGGGCAAGUAUUCAAUGGCCAUGAAUUGCUCGCUACAUCUGCAGGAUUAUGAAGAAUAUCUAACUGUUGAGGAGAUAUAUUCAUUGCUGGCAUUGACUGCCUAUGCAAACAAAUGUUAUGAUAUUUGUUCGAAAGCAUUCAUCAAACUGGAAUCGCUAGACAAUCAACAACAACAAUCAACAUCGUGGCAUUCAUGGAUUAAUGAUUUAUUCAAUAUUGGUGGUAGUGGGGAAACGACAAACAUUUCGAAAGCAGAAAAUACAGAAAUAAUUAGAAAAACAAAGAAAUAUCAACAAAUGGCGGUGAAAAUUUUUCUGAAAAAUUCGCCCGAUGAAAUUCGUAAUGACGUUUCGAAUAAAGUUGCAUGCAAAUUCUGUGGACAAUCAUCGAUUCCGCAAUAUAGUACCACGUGUCCGAAAUGUCAGACAAAAUUUCACGUUUGUGUGGCGACGGGCCGAUCGAUGAUUGAUCAAAAUUGUAAAAAUUGGACGUGCCAACGAUGCAAACAUCAUGCAAUGGCAGAGGAGAUUCGUUCAUUGAAAAAUUGUCCACUUUGUCAUUGCAAGAUUUAA